AUGAUGGCAUUUAAAAGCGAAUUAAGGCAACUGCUGAAACCCUAUUACUGGAUAAACAUACUUCUGAGCGUUUCCUAUGUUAUCGCGAAACGCACGAAUGUGACAUGCGAGUUUUUGUUCCCAAACGCUGACUGCGAACUCGACAGCCGAGAAACGGAAAUCCUCUUCUUCCUUAUUAUCGUCGUGAUGUUGAGAACGAGGAAGGCUGGGAGUGUCACCAUGGUGAAUUAUUUGUCGUCAUCGUUCGUGUAUACGAAGAUCGCUAACUUAAUUUUGUGGUUCUAUGCUGAUGUAAGAUAUGGAAUUCCAUAUGGAGCUAUACUGAUUCUUGCUGCUCUGCUGCUCCCUGAACCAACAUACACGGGCCCAGAGCUGAUCACCUACUUCCGAGGCCCAGAAAUCUUUGAAGAUGAGCUGAAACACCAUAAAAAUACAACAUGGCUUAUCUGCCUGUAUGCUGCGUGGCAUCCAGCUUGUGUUAACUUUGCUCCCGUUUUUUCUGAGCUAUCUGCAAGCUAUAGCUUGGACAAUUUCAAGUUUGGAAAGAUGGAUAUUGGAAGAUAUCCAGAAGCAGCUGCAAAAUACAGGAUUCAAGAUGGUCCUACUAGUCGGCAACUUCCUACAUUGAUACUCUUCAGCGAGGGUCAGGAGAAGAUGAGGAAACCACAUGCUGACCACACUGGCAAGUUGCAAAAGUUCCUAUUCUCCAAAGACAAUGUAAAAACAGCGUUUGCCAUCGAUGGUAUCUAUCAAGACUGCAAAACUAAACUUGCAGCUAAGUCCAAAGCUAUAAAGACAGAUUAG